UGCCACGAGAGGGCAUAAAAUAUCAUGAUGAUGGCUGAACCCAACCCACAGACUCGAGACAAACAACAGUUCUCUGUUAUACGCCUUCAGCAAACUCACAGAUGCUUCCUCAGUAGAUUAUAUAUUUCCACAAAACCAAAAGAGAAGAAAGGCAGUGUGAAGAUGUUCUUCAGACGUUCUCAUAUUCUCUGGAUCUUGAUCAUCUGCGAAGCUGUUUCAGGUGAUUAUGUGACGAAAGCAGUGAAUAGUGAAACUACGUUCACUCCAGUGUCUGGAUCUGUCGGUCCUAGCACCACCAGCAUUAUAUGGAAACAAAGAAACAAUGCGGGGAUUGUUGUGAAGGUCAUUGAAUGGGAUCGGGAUGAUGGCAGCUUUGACAUUCCCAACGCUAAUUUCAAAUCCCACACACGCCUGGACAAAGACACUGGAGAACUCACUUUAAGAAAUUUACAGCUCAAACACACUGGAGUUUACACCAUCGACAUCAACAGUAAAGAGCAAAGAAAACAGUUCAGCCUGACUGUCAAAGAGUCUGUCAACGAACCUCAUAUUACAAAAGAGUGCAUAAUAGAAGAGGUUCCUGUAUGUACCUUGAGUUGUGAUGGUGGUGAUGCCCCCCCUGAAACUACAAUCACCUGGAAAAACUCAGCUGGAGAGACGCUGUACAAACAAAAUAUGAGGACGAUAACAGUGAUCAAGAGCAGUAAUCCAGAAAACUUCUACACCUGCACACUGAAGAACGCAGUGAGUGAGAAGACCAGUGAUCCGGUGUAUGAGAGCGAUCUGUUUGAUGAUUCAAACACCAAACUUGUCCUUGCAAUUGUCACUCCUUUGAUCAUUGUGGUCCUCAUCAUAAUCACCCUGAUUACAUGGUUGUGCUGCUGCUAGCUUCGGAGACUAAAAGACACUCAUGAGUGAAUGACUGAUGCUCAUCAUGACUCUUCAAAUGCAAAGCCACACAUGGAUCUUCUCGACACAUUUUCCUGGUCAUCAGCUCUAAAUCCCAGCUUUACUAAAACAUCUUAACCGUCUGUGCCUUCAGAACUUUGAUUGUUGCUUUCUGACCCGUCUGCUGAGCCGAGAAGAUGUAAAAAUGAAACUUUCUCCUCUGAAUUUCAAUCUUUCAAUCUUCUCUAACAUAUGCAAAUACUUUUUUUCAAUCAGGGACAAGAUGAGAAUAUCUUACUGGCACCAAACAGAGAGUUGUGUAUAAAGAACAACAACAACAACAUUCACUGGUCAAAGCAAAGGGAUAGUUUGAUGCAGGGCAUGAACACUGAAUAAAAUGUAAAAUAUGAAUGCAUCUUGUUAAGACUUCUAUUUAUAUGAACAUAUAUGAACAGCAAAAUGUGCAAAUUACAAAAAAAUAUAAAGUUUAAUCAAUUUUAAAUUGUGUCCAUCACAGUUUGUAUUUGACAGAUUUUUUCUGUUCACCUUGGUGAAUUUUCUUCAUCUGCCGCCCCUCUUUCUUGUGGCGUCCCCCAAGGGUCCGUAUUGGGCCCCAUGCAUUUUGACGGUGCUUUUAAAUGUGAAAAACAGAUUAAUUCUGUUUCUUCUAGCUGAGGCUGUUGGCUAAAGUCAAGCCCUACCUGCUGCACAAGGAGUUUGAAAGAGUAAUUCAUGCUUUUAUUACAUCUCGACUACUAUAACUCUUUAUAUGUUGGAUUGGGUCAGUCAUCUCUUCAUCGCUAUAGUUAGUCCAGAAUGCAGAGCACUGAGAUCGUCCAAUCAGAUGUUCCAAGAUCCAUGUUAAUAAAUAAAGGUAUCAAGCCUUUUCAUGGCUGCUCCUAAUCUCUGGAAUAAUCUGUUCACAUAAGAACAGCUCGGACUGCUGAAAUUUUGCUGAAAAGUCUUAAAUCACCUGUAUUCCUUAGCUUUCAUUUUGAGUUGAGUUUUGACACUGACUUUGUUUAUUUGUUUGUGUAUCCUGAUAUUGUAAAGCACUUUGGUCAACUAUGGUUGUGCUAUAUAAAUCAAAUUUAAAUUAGUACACUUUAAUUACAUAUUUAUAAUUAUUGAUGUCAAAAAAGGCUACAUUACUGUAAAUCAGUUAUUAUAAAACAGCUACUGUUUUUGGGAGCACACCUGAAAUAUUCAAUCCAAAAUGAAUAUGUGCAGGCAAAAAUGAUCCAGCAGCCAGAUAGUAGAUUUGUAAUGUUGAGGCAUAGAGCGCCCCCUGGCGAACGAGAUCAUCAUCUCACGUGGAUAAUUUAAUGCAUUAUUCACCUGUCCCGGUUGACAGACUUGCUGGACACACACUUCAGACAUCGAUAUCAAACAUUUGCAAUGUACACCAGAUGGCAGCAGUAACUCUUUCCUUAUAUUAGUGAAGGACCAGAUCAUCUCAUGUUUGCCGUGUGUGUUUUUGAACUUCCUUUACAUCUCUAUUCUUAUAGCUCGUGUUGUGCGUGUUCACGUGUCUAAUCAAAAUCUAGAAGAAAAGUGAAUGAAAGUGUACUUUUUCUAACAAAAUGUUACUUCGACGUUUGAUUUUGAUCACCAUCGUUAUGUUCAUCACCUCAGAAACCGUUUCAGGUGAAGGUGUGUUGAAAGCAGUGGGUGAUCAAGUUUCUUUUCGUCCAGACAAAUUUGUUCCUCCUGUCACCAGCAUCAUCUGGAAACACAUAACCACUAGUGGAACUGUUGUCAAGGCGAUUGAAUGGGAUGAAGGAGAAAUUCUAAUCCCGAAUCCAAGAUUCAAAGACAUCACAACUGUUGAUGAGAAGACUGGACAAAUUAAUAUAACUAAUCUAAAAGUUGAACAUAGUGGAGUUUAUACCAUUGACAUCAACAGUAAAGAGCAGGAACAGAGAUUCACCUUGACUGUUAUGGUGAAGAACACAGUGAGUGUGGCGACCAGUGCUCCGGGCAAUGAGGGAAAUCUGUUUACACUGGAGGGACACGUGAAGAACACAGUGAGUGUGGCGACCAGUGCUCCGGGCAAUGAGGGAAAUCUGUUUACACUGGAGGGACACGUAUCAAUCAAAGGAUGUGCCGUCGCAGCCUCCAUUCCUUCGAUCACUAUGAUUAUCAUCAUGCUUUUACUAUAAUUGAUUUUCACG